ACUGUAAAGUUACUGAGAUAGGGAAAGAGUACAAAGGACACAUCUCACAGACUAAUGCCUUCAAGACAUGCCAAAGAUGGGACUCUCAAACACCAAAUACUCACCCAAGUUACAAUCCAAAUGAUUUCCCUGAGGACACAAUAUCUGAGGCAGCUAACUAUUGUCGAAACCCCAAUGGCCAACCCCAAGGUCCAUGGUGCCACACAACUGACCCCUCCAUCAAGUGGCAGUACUGUAAUGUUGGCUUCUGUGAGUGUAAGACAAGCAGCCUUGGGGAGCAAUACAGAGGACAGAAGACCACAACUAUAACUGGCAAAACUUGUCAGCGCUGGGAUCAGCAAUACCCACACAAACAUGACAGGUAUAACCCGGCUAUGUUCCCUGACAAUAGUGUGGCUGAAGCUGGUAACUUCUGCCGUAAUCCAGACAACAGCCCUCGUGGCCCCUGGUGCUUCACAACUGACCCAAGUAAAGAAUGGGAGUGGUGUUCAGUCCCUGUAUGUGAGAUGUAUGACUUGCCAACCCCACCUCCACCUAUCAUAGCCCCAAGAGACUGUAAGACAUCAGACAUGGGUACAGAAUACAGAGGUCGGAAGUCUUGGACUAAGACUGGUAAACAAUGUCAACGAUGGGACUCACAGACCCCACAUGCGCAUGAAAACUAUGAUGCCAACAUGUUCCCUGAUGUCUCAGUGGCUGAUGCGGGCAACUUCUGCAGGAACCCCGACCUUUCUCACACAGGACCUUGGUGCUAUACAAUUGACCCUAAUACAGAGUGGGAGUAUUGUGAUAUAGACUGGUGUGAAUGCAAACAUAGUAAGCUUGGAUCUAAGUACGUUGGUACCAUACACUCAACAGUAAAGGGGGUGCCAUGUCAGCGUUGGGACUCGCAAUCCCCUCAUCAACAUGACAGAAUUGAUGCAUCAAAGUUCCCUGAUGCAACUCUAGGGGAUGCUGCUAAUUAUUGCCGUAAUCCUGAUGGAGAACCUGGUGGCCUAUGGUGCUAUACUUCAGAUCCGGGCCAACGAUGGGAUUACUGUGAUAUUCCUCAUUGUCCAUGUAAGCAGGAUUACACUGGCAACAAGUAUGAAGGUACCAAACAAGUAACACAACUUGGCUUCACGUGCCAGAGAUGGGAUCAGCAGACUCCUCAUUCCCACCCAUACAGAAUACCUACCUACUUCCCUGAUCGUACAAUGGAUGAUGCUUCCAACUACUGUCGUAAUCCAAACAAUGAUCCAGUUGGUCCUUGGUGUUAUACAACGAACCCAGCAAAGGAGAAGGACUACUGCAUGAUACCAUUCUGCUCAUUAUUCUCCACAACGGAAACGCCACCUUCAACAACCCCCACCAUUCCCCAGGUCACUACCCCCAAGUAUGGGCCCCAGGAAGAGUGCAAGUAUUCCCAUAUGGGCAAAGAAUACAUGGGCAGCUUCUCAAAGACCAGCAGUGGCCUCAAUUGUCAGCGUUGGGACUCCCAGUUCCCCCACAAUCACAAUAACAA